AUGACUGCUCAGUACCUCGGGAGUCUUAACAUACGUAUCGGGGAUUAUGAUUUUGCUCACCCGAUCUAUGUUGGUCCUCUGCAGGAUGAUAUGCUCUUGGGAAUAGAUUUCCUGCGCAAGCAUGGUGUAGAAAUUUCAUGUGAAGCCGGUACUUUAAGGGUCAAGGGCACUGACACUACAUUUGCUAUGAGUGUUGAUGAGUCAGCACCAGUACUCGAUGCGGUUUCAGUCCGCAGAGUGCGGAUCCCCCCGCACACUGCUCAAAUCAUCAAGGGUACCCUUAGUUCCGAUAUGCCAGAGUUUAUGCUGGAACCAGCUAGCAUAUUUCCGCCUGGUAUAGUAGCCUCGCGGACAUACAACGCUGCAGGAAAAAGAGCCAAGCUGUGCAUCUUGAACUUGACGGACCGAAGUCAUAUUGUUACGACAGGCACUAAGGUGGGGAAAGCAGUCCCCGCCGAUCUAGUCAAUGAUACUAAGCCCACAGUGCGUCGUAUAACAUUUGAGGGAGACAAGACUUAUGACCAUAUCGCCCCACUCUUAGAGCAGUUACACAAGACCGCGCCUGUGGAAGUCAGAUCUCAGGCAGCGGAGCUAGUCAAAAAAAUUGCCGACGUCUUUGCUACUGAUGACCUUGAUCUCGGAAGUUUUUCCGAGAUCGAACACCGAACAGACACCGGUAACGCGUCUCCCGUCAAGCACCGGAUGCGACGCACCCCCGCUGUUUUUCAAGGGGAGGAAGAGGUUCAUCUCGAUAAGAUGUUAAAAGCCGGAGUUAUUCAGCCAUCUUCAUCAGACUGGGCGUCCGGAAGAAGGAUGGCAGCGUCCGUUGGUGCGUGGAUUAUAGAGCCCUGA